AUGGCUGACCAACUGACCGAAGAGCAGAUCGCCGAAUUCAAGGAGGCCUUCUCCCUGUUCGAUAAGGAUGGCGAUGGCACCAUCACAACCAAGGAGCUGGGAACCGUCAUGCGCUCCUUGGGUAUCAUGCUUAUUCACCUCUUACCUAAAAAUGAAAAUGCAUGUUUUCACUUGCUCGAAAAUGGAUUUAGCUAGGCAUGCAAGUAUCGAAGUAGAGCAUCCGAGGGAAAUGAAAAAAAUUACUCAGGUCAAAACCCGACCGAGGCCGAGUUGCAGGACAUGAUCAACGAAGUCGAUGCCGAUGGUAACGGAACCAUCGACUUCCCGGAGUUUCUGUCCUUAAUGGCCCGGAAAAUGAAGGACACCGAUACGGAGGAGGAGCUCAUCGAGGCGUUCAAGGUACUGACAUUUCUUGAUUUUGAUGAAAAAAAAUCAGAUAUUUCUAUAAUAAGAAUAAGUACUUAAAACAAGGCUGAAAUGGCAAUGGCUUGAACAUGAUUUGGCAAUAACAAGAAAUUGAACCUUAACGACUUUUGAUGUCGCACACGCCCACAGGUCUUCGAUCGUGAUGGCAACGGUUUCAUCUCCGCCGCGGAGUUGCGUCACGUGAUGACCAACUUGGGUGAGAAGCUGACUGACGAAGAAGUCGACGAGAUGAUCCGGGAGGCGGAUGUCGACGGUGAUGGGCAGAUCAACUACGAGGAGUUCGUCAAGAUGAUGAUGGCCAAGUAAUUUGUUCUUGGUUUUUCUCGUCUUUUUCUUCGAUGUUGCGCACUUUCAAUUUCUCCUUGCAAGAACAGAAGAAAAAUGGCGGAUCCACUCUCUUUUGUGGUUUCGCCACGGCGGUUUCAAGACGAUCCAAAUCUGGAUGAACUACGUUGGCAAAGAUCCAAUUUCACUCUUUCGACACUCUUUUUCAGAACCAAAUAGCUAAAACAUCACAAUUUUCGCAUAAGUAUGUCUCUUAUUAUACCAGAAAUCGCUUUAUUAGAUCUCUUUCGCAGCACAAAAAUCAGAGCAAUUCAUCAAGCACUACCCGCCCGCCUGAAGAACUUCUAUGCCUGUAGCUAUUUUUUUGUUACAGGAUUGAUAUUACUCAAAAACGAAAAGAGCGAAUGAUUGUUGUCCUGGGCUAUGAACGAGUACCAAAGUCUUAGGAGCUACACCCGUGAAUAGCCCAAGCAGAGCAUGUAGGAGUGUCACCCCCCAGCGCUACAGACCACUUUCGUUUAUUCAGGCAAGACAAACAUUCCGCCCCCCAGAUGAACUUGAAGAUUUGCUUUUAGCCGCACUUUAUCCAUUGUAAAAUUGUUACAACGAUCACUUUGUGUAGGUGACAGAGCAGAUGAUCUCUUGUGCUCUGUCCUCCCAACACCGCUAAGCAGCAUUUCCUUCUUUUCAUCACAGUACAUUACUUCUCCUGAAUAAUUUUUGGGUAUCACGACGACAGCAUAAAACCCCUAUGCAAGAAGGCGAACUUCGACGGCUAUUAAACCGCUUCUCGUAGGAUCAGGGCGCAGACUGUCGCUUCGCUGCUGGAAAAAAGUACUGUUGCAUUUUUUCGCGAACAAGAAGAAAUACUAUAUGCAGAGGCAGGAAAGAUCUCUUCUACUUAGCUCCGAAUGUUACGACUUACAGUAUGUAUCGCUUCUCCUCGACGGAACGGCGUUCUGUGCUGGAACGUUAGCAAUCGAGUACGUGGAGAUCGAAGAAUCAGUAGUAUCUGAUGUUCUCCUUCUCGUCGACAUGUGCUGCUAUUGGAUUACAACAAGAGGACGGUCAAGUAGGGCUUACUUCCUUCCAAGGAACAAGUGGAGGAAUUGCAAUUCUUUUCUGACACCUGUUAAGCAUGGUAAGCGACUGGACUAGAUUUUCGAACCCGCCCCGUCCGCGACCUUUGGGGAGAAGAAAAAGUGCCUGACGAGUGGUCACUUUCACAU